AUGGCUCCCGCACCUUCCGCUGCUGGCGUCCCCGCCACCGUUCCCGCCAAGGCCGUCAAGGGCGCAGCUGGUGCCGCCGCCAAGAGCGGUACCGCCGCCGAGAAGAAGGAGGCCAGCUCCGAGUCGGACGCUCUCCUCACCGGCGACAAGGAGGCCGCUCAGGAGCUCACCAACCUCGUCAAGAUUGAGGGUCCCGCUGCUCUUGCCAACCUCGGCAUCGAGGCCGUCCUCCUCAAGGGCCUCACCGACAAGAAGAACGCCGCCGCCCGUGAGGGUGCCUGCACUCUCCUCCUCAACCUCUGCGAGCAGGGUGUCGGCCACGAGGUGGAGCCUUUCGUCUUCGAGAAGGUUCUCAACACCGUCGUCGAGGCCAUGGGUGACAAGGAGAAGUCCGUUCAGAAGGCUUCCCUUGAGUCGCUCAAGGCUUUCGUCAAGGUCAUGUCCCCCUGGGCUGCCCCCCAGGUGCUCAAGGUCCUUCUCGAGCAGGCUCGCACCGCCGGCAAGUGGCAGGUCAAGACUGGCUGCAUCGCCCUCCUCGAGGAGAUGGUCGUUGCUUGCCCCGAGCGCAUGGCCGCCCUCAUGCCCGAGAUCAUCCCUGUCAUGUCCGAGGUCAUCUGGGACACCAAGACCGAUGUCCAGAAGGCUUCGCGCGCCGCUCUCACCAAGCUCUGCGCCCUCAUCUCCAACAAGGAUAUCGAGCGCUUCAUCCCCGCCCUCAUCAACUCGCUCAUUCACCCCGUCGAGGAGGUCCCCAAGACCAUCCAGCUCCUGUCCGCCACCACCUUCGUCCAGGAGGUCGACAGCGCCACCCUCGCCCUCAUGGUGCCCCUUCUCGCCCGUGGUCUCAACGAGCGCCCCACCGCCACCAAGCGUAAGGUCGCCGUUAUCACCGACAACAUGACCAAGCUCGUCGACAACGAGCGCACCGUCCGACCUUUCCUCGGCAAGCUCCUCCCCGGUAUGAUCAAGAUCGAGUCUACCAUGGCUGACCCGGAGGCCCGUGGUGUCGUUCAGCGUGCCAUCAAGACCCUCCGUGAGGUCGGCAAUGUCACCGGUGACGGCUCCGAUGUCAAGCCCCUCGAGGACGUUGACGUCAAGCAGACGCAGGAGCAGGUCAACAAGUCGCUCGGCGAGCAGAGCCUCCAGGCUCAGGCCAACCUUUCGGCCUACCUUGCCGUGCUCGUUGCCAACCUUGCCAACGCCCGCAACUUUGAGCUCACCGAGUGGGAGUCGACCCUCGUCCCCUACCUCACCCUCAUCAAGGGUGCUAAGCCCGAGCAGGCCCGUGCUGUCGCCAAGAGCCUCCUUACCGCGCUCGCCAAGACCACUGGUGACACUGUCGAGAUCUUCGAAGACGAGGAGGAGGGUGAGGACCUUUGCAACUGCCAGUUCUCGCUCGCCUACGGUGCCAAGAUUCUGCUCAACACCGCCACUCUCCGUCUCAAGCGUGGCCACAAGUACGGUCUCUGCGGUCGUAACGGUUCGGGCAAGUCGACCCUCAUGCGCGCCAUCACCAACGGCCAGGUCGAGGGUUUCCCUUCGCCCGAGGAGGUCCGCACCUGGUACGUCGAGCACGAUCUCGACGGUUCCGAGGGUCUCACCACCGUCCUCGAGUUCAUCCUUGCCGAUGAGCGUCUCAGCAUGACCCGCGAGGAGGCUGUCAAGACCCUCCACGAGGUCGGCUUCGACGAUGACCGUCAGAACUCGCCCAUCGCCGGUCUCUCCGGUGGUUGGAAGAUGAAGGUCGCCCUUGCCCGUGCCAUCCUGUUCAAGGCCGACAUUCUGCUCCUUGACGAGCCCACCAACCACUUGGACGUCGUCAACGUCAAGUGGAUCACUGACUACCUCGUCAACCUCAAGACCGCCACUGCCAUCAUCGUCUCGCACGACUCUGGCUUCUUGAACAACGUCUGCACUGACAUCCUCCACCUCAACCGCUUCAAGAUCAAGAGGUAUCCGGGUAACCUCGACGCUUUCGUCAAGCGUGUCCCCGAGGCCCGUGCCUACGCCGAGCUCAACACUGGCGAGGACUACUCGUUCAAGCUGCCCGACCCUCCCCUGCUGGAUGGUGUCAAGACCAAGGAGAAGUCGCUUGUCAAGAUGAAGGACGUCAUCUUCCAGUACCCCGGCACCCCCGCUCCUCAGCUCAAGGGUGUCAGCAUCCAGCUCUCGCUCGCCUCGCGUGUCGCCAUUCUCGGCCCCAACGGUUCGGGCAAGUCCACCCUUGUCAAGCUUGUCGUUGGUGACACCGAGCCCGGCUCUGGUGAGAUGUGGAAGCACCCCAACUUGGUCAUUGGCUACGUCGCCCAGCACGCUUUCCACCACAUUGACCAGCACCUUGACAUGACCCCCCUCGACUACAUGCUCUGGCGUUACCAGACCGGUGAGGACCUGGAGGAGCACAUGAAGACCUCCAAGCGUGAACUCACCGAGGAGGAGAAGGCCAAGAUGAAGCAGGGUGAGGUCUUCGUCAUCGAGGGUGUCAAGCGCAUUAUGGACGAGAUCGUUGGCCGUAAGAAGUUGAAGAACUCCUUCCAGUACGAGGUCUCGUUCAAGAACAUGUCGUCCGCCGAGAACCAGUGGGUGCCCCGUCAGGACCUUAUCGAUAGGGGCCUUGAGAAGAAGGUGCUCGCCUUCGACAGCAAGGAGGCUCAGCGUCUCGGUAUGAACCGACCCCUCGUCCGAAAGGAGAUCGAGAACCAUUUCGAGGACUUCGGUCUCGAGCGUGAGUUCACCUCGCACAACACCAUGCGCGGUCUCUCCGGUGGUCAGAAGGUCAAGGUCGUCCUCGCCGCCGCCACUUGGCGCCGACCCCACAUCAUCGUCCUCGACGAGCCCACCAACUUCUUGGACCGUGAGUCUCUCGCCGCCCUCAUCAAGGCCAUCGAGUCCUUCCAGGGCGGUGUCGCCAUCAUUACCCACUCGCGCGAGUUCUCCGAGGGUACCUGCAAGGAGAUUUGGGCCAUGGGCGACGGUGUGCUCACCGCUUCCGGCCACGAUUGGACCGAAAGCAACUCGAAAGGGACGAAGCUCGAAGCCAAGGAGGAUGACGAGGACAAAUUCGACGCUUUGGGCAACAAGCUCGCUGCUGCCAAGAAGGUGAAGAAGGAGACUUCGAGCGACAAGCGAAAGGCGAGGGCUGCCAAGGCGAAGGCGAAGAAGGCCGGUACCUACAACUCGGAGGAUGAGCUCGAGGACCUUUAA